GAAGAAAUGCUGUGUCCCUUCCCAUUACUCAGAGAAAAUAGAACACACGAGACUACGUAGCUGAAGAAAUUACAGCCUCCUGGCCAAUGAGAGAUAUUCAAGUCUAUGCAGUUUCCACCUGAAGGAAAAUAACCAACAGCUUCUCCACAGUGUCGACUGGGACCAGGGAAACAUGAACAGCACAAACUGCACCACAGAAGCCAGCAUGGCUGUGAGACCCAAGACUGUCACCGAGAAGAUGCUCAUUUGCAUGGCUCUGGUGGUCAUCACCACCCUGACCAUGUUGCUGAAUUCAGCUGUGAUCAUGGCCAUUGGCACCACCAAGAAGCUCCACCAGCCUGCUAACUACCUGAUCUGCUCACUGGCCGUAACUGACCUCCUGGUGGCAGUGCUGGUCAUGCCACUGAGCAUCAUGUACAUUGUCAUGGACAGCUGGAAGCUUGGGUACUUCAUCUGUGAAGUGUGGCUAAGUGUGGAUAUGACUUGUUGCACCUGCUCCAUCUUGCACCUCUGUGUGAUUGCCCUGGACAGGUAUUGGGCCAUCACCAAUGCUAUUGAAUAUGCCAGGAAGAGGACAGCCAAGAGGGCUGGCCUGAUGAUCCUCACGGUCUGGACCAUCUCCAUCUUCAUCUCCAUGCCCCCUCUGUUCUGGAGAAGCCACCGCCGGCUCAGCCCACCCCCCAGUCAGUGCACCAUUCAGCAUGAUCAUGUCAUCUACACCAUCUACUCCACACUUGGAGCAUUUUAUAUACCUUUGACUUUGAUACUGAUUCUCUAUUACCGGAUUUACCAUGCGGCCAAGAGCCUUUACCAGAAAAGAGGGUCAAGCCGACACUUAAGCAACAGAAGCACAGACAGCCAAAAUUCUUUUGCAAGUUGUAAACUUACACAGACUUUCUGCGUGUCUGACUUCUCCACCUCAGACCCUACCACGGAGUUCGAAAAGAUCCACAGCUCUAUCAGGAUCCCUCCCUUCGACAAUGAUCUGGACCACCCAGGAGAACGGCAGCAGAUUUCGAGUACCAGAGAGCGCAAGGCAGCACGCAUCCUGGGAUUGAUUUUGGGUGCAUUCAUUUUGUCUUGGCUGCCAUUUUUCAUCAAAGAGUUGAUUGUGGGUCUGAGCAUCUAUACUGUGUCCUCUGAAGUGGCUGAUUUCUUGACAUGGCUUGGUUAUAUUAAUUCUCUAAUCAAUCCUCUACUUUACACAAGUUUUAACGAAGACUUUAAGCUGGCUUUUAAAAAGCUCAUUAGAUGCCGAGAGCAUACUUAGAUUGUAAAAAGCCAAAAUACGUGACUUUUGCCAGAGCCUCAUGAGUGGA